UAAUGUAAGGAAUUGACUAAAUUGAUGAUAUUGGAGAAUAAAUAAUUUCAGAAGUGAUAUAGAGAGUACAAAGUAACUUUACGAAAUUCGAAAAGUUUAUGAAUAAAUAGAAAAAUUAAAAGGUUAUUUUAUUAUGUGGAAAUACAGGGGCUGGAAAAAGUAGUCUCUAUAAUUGGAUAUUAGGAGCAGAUUUCAAAAUAAUUGAGAAGGAUGGAGUAGGUUAUUUGUAACCUAUUCCUACUAAUGAUGAAAUGUAUAUCUCAAAAAUGGGAACAAAUUCUACUUCAGUUACAUAAACAUUUAUUUAUGAAUAUAUUUAAGAAAUGGAUCAUGUUCUUGUUGAUCUCCCUGGAUUUGAAAGUACUAUUAAUGAUUAUCAUAAACUAUUUAUUGAUUUACUCUUUCAUAAAAUAACAACAACAUUUUAAACAAAAGUAAUUUAUGUAUUAGACAGUCCAUAAAAGGAAUUGUAAAAUAGAGGAAAGGAUUUUAUAUAAUUCAUCAAUUAAUAAUUUGGGCUCGAUAAAAAGAAUAUACCUAAAAUUGUUCUAAUAAUUAAUAAAUAUUCUGAAGAUGGAACAGAUAAUGAACAAAUAUAAAGGGUUAAAGAAUAAUUGUAAGAAAGAGUUGAAUUUUAAGGAGGAAUGCUUUAAAAUAUUUUUAUUGUACAUAAAAUUAAAAACUUUGAAAUGAUUAAAUAAGUAUUUUCUGUUCAAGCAAGAUAAAAUAUUAUUCAAGGUUUGUAGAAAUCAGAAAUAAUCAAUCUGUAAUCUAAAUAUGCAGCAAAAUUAUCUAGUGGGGAUAUAGUAAAUAAUUAUUUAUUGUAAAAGAGUACAUAUUAUUUUAAAGAUCUAAAAGAAAAGUAUAUAUAAAUAAAGUAGUUGAUUGAUAACAACCAGAAAUUUUCAACUGUUCCUAAUAAAUAAUAAGAAUCUGAUUCUAGUUCAAAUCUACCUUAAACAAUUGAAGGUUUAAAUUAAUUAUACACAUGUAUGAUUUAUAAAAAAAAAUCUGAUAUUUCAGAGAGUUAUGACUUUUAGAAUUUUAAAAAAAUAUAUCAUUAUUUUCUACCUUAUUAAGAUAAUCUAUCUAGCUAUUUUUGUAUGAAUAAUUUAGAAAGUGGUGAAAUUACAAGAUUCAAUAGUGUACUAGAUUACUUAUAAUAAAAUAAAAACUCUACAAAUUCUCUAACAGACAUAAAUGAUGAUAUUGUAUAUAAAUAAGUAUAAUAAGUAAAUACAACAGAAAAUCAAUCUAGUAAAUGGAUAGAUCUUGUUGGAAAUGUUGCUAUGAUUAUUGUAGUAGUUUUUAAGAAAGUUUAUUGGUUUUAUUAGGUAAAAUGA